GAAACUUCGCCGCGCCCUUACGUUGUUGUGCAAGGCGAGGCUACUCUGUCAGCUCGCAACCUUGUUAUUCACAAAUUUUAACUUUUUCUCCAACCUCUUCACUCUCUUUGCUACGCUAUAUAUUUAACUUUACAACACUCUCCGUAUUCAUCCAUUUCAAAACUCAAAACCUUCCUGAAUAAGUCAGCCGUCAUGGGAGAAGAGGUCUCAAACAAAACCCAACCAGAGUUGCACGAUCACCAUGUUGUUGUCGACUCUGUUCCUCCUCUUCAGGAAAAAGAAUCAGAUAAACCUGACCCUUCAAACGAGAACGUCGCUUCUCCUUCUCCACCUUUUCAAAAGGUUGAAGAUCAUCCUGCUGGAAAGGAUGCCGAGGAUUCAGUCAGCAAAGAUGUUAUGCUUGCAAGAGUUUUAACAGAGAAAAGAUUGGCUUUAAUCAAAGCAUGGGAGGAAAGUGAAAAGACAAAGGCAGAGAACAGGGCAUACAAGAAGCACUCUUCUGUUGAGUUGUGGGAGGAUAGCAAGAAAGCAUCAAUAGAGGCAGAACUGAAGAAAAUUGAGGAAAAUUUGGAAAGGAAGAAGGCUGAGUGUGUUGAAAAAAUGAAGAAUAAAGUUGCUGAAAUUCACCGAUUAGCUGAAGAGAAAAGGGCAUGUGUGGAUGCACAGAAGAGUGAAGAAUUCCUGGAAGUAGAGGAGACAGCUGCAAAGUUUCGUAGCCGUGGAGUUACGCCAAGGAAAUUCUUUGCAUGCUUUAGUGCCUAAGUUUCUUAGGUCAAUGAAACACCAAAUUUUCAUCCAUUUCUUAUAUGUUGUUACACAUUUAAAUAUUGUUCGCUGUGUUGUUUUUUCAUAUGUACUAUUUGGAGCUGUUGAUUUGAAGAGGAUAAAUUAGUAUAGAAAUAAGGGAAGAAGAUUUGUCUCCCAUAGUUGUUCAAUAU